ACUUUGUUGUACCGCCAUAUUGUGAAUGCAGCGCGGGUCAGUGGCGCGUGUGUAGGCAUUUUAUAAGCAUUUUAAUCGGGAAAGAGUGCGUGUGUGUCUAAAAAUUGUAUGAAAUCACAAACGAUGGAUCCAGCAAAGUUAAAAGUGGUUGAAUUGCGAGCUGAGCUUUCGAAACGAGGCCUAGAAACUAAGGGGAAUAAGGCCGUGCUCAUCGAGCGGCUUCGUGAGGCGUUGGACGGGGAAGCUGGCAAUGAACCAAAUGAGCAAGUGGGCUCGAGUCCAGAGUCAGAAAAUGAGCGGGAAAAGUCUCCAGAGCCUCCAAAACCCGCGGAGACGACUACGAGACCAUCUCGACGGGGAAGGAAUCAAGAUCAGUCCCAGGAACAGCCAAGUACACCUGUGGCACGGACUCCAUCCAGAGGAGCGACCAGAGCUUCUGCAAGAGCCGUAACACCCGAUAAAAAGCCUCCGGUCAAAUCACCAGUUGCAGAAAAAGCAAACGAGUUACCGACGGUAGUCGAAAGUACGGAAGAAGAGGCUGCCGCUCAAAAGAGUUCCCCUGAAGAACAAAAGGAGGCUCCGCCAUCCACGAAGAAGACCCAAAGAAAGCAGGAAGAGCCUCCAAGCGAUGCGCCAGAAUCCGCUGUCGAAAUCAAAGACACAGUUAAAUCUCAAGGGAGUCCUGUGAAGCAAGAGACUCAUGUAAGUCCCGCUAAACCUGCACAAGAACCUCCAGCGAGUCCCGUAAAACCUGUGCAAGCAGCUCAACAAAGUCCAGUAAAACCUGCGCAAUCGAGCCCUGUAAAACCUACUCAAGCUGCUCAACAAAGUCCUGCAAAACCCGCACCAGCAAGUCAACAGAGUCCUGCUAAACCCGCACCUGCAAGUCAGCAGAGUCCUGCUAAACCUGCGUCUGCGAGUCAACAGAGUCCUGCGAAACCUGCCCCUGGAAGUCAACAGAGUCCUGCAAAACCUGCUCCUGCAAAUCAACAAAGUCCGGCGAAACCUGCUCCUACAAUUCAACAAAGUCCUGCUAAACCUGCUCCUGCAAUUCAACAAAGUCCUGCUAAAUCUGCUCCUACAGUUCAACAAAGUCCUGCUAAAUCUGCUCCUACAGUUCAACAAAGUCCUGCUAAAUCUGCUCCUCCAAUACAACAAAGUCCUGCUAAACCUGCUCCUGCAAUACAACAAAGUCCUGCUAAACCUACCCCUGGAAUUCAACACAGUCCUGCUAAACCGGCCCCUGCAAGCCAACAAAGUCCUGCGAAACCUGUGCCCGCGAGCCAACAAAGUCCUGCUAAACUUGCUCCUGCAAGUCAAAAAAGUCCAGCUACACCGAACCAAGGAACUCAACAGAGUCCUGUUAAACCCGCUCAGGAAGUUAAUAUUAGUCCUGUGAAACCCCCCGUCGCAAGUCCUGCUAAACCUGUACAAGAAUUUCGCGCAACUCCUGUAAAAUCACAGGCGAGUCCUCUAAAGUCUUCUCAAGAAAUUAAUCAAAGUCCCACGAAGCUUCCUCAAGAUCAGACAAAAACCCCAGAGAAACCUUUAGAAUGUCCAAAAGAUGACGAUAAAGACGAGGAAGAUUUGGGGUAUUACGCACAUCUUAUUACCAGUGAAGAAGACAUGAAGGAGGAUGAUGCGAAGCCUCUUGACGAAGAAGAAAUGGAUAGUUCAGAUAAAUACGAGCACGAAGUAGACUUUAAAGAAGAUGAAAAACGUCAGGAUGAAGAUUUACAGACACAGGGAGAUGGUAUAAAGGACGUGGAAAUGGUAGAAGCCAAGCCAGAUCGGAAACGCAAACGAUCGCUGAGUCCUGAAGAGGAAGUGAUCAAGCCUUCUACAAGACCGGAGGAUGAACCGGAAUUGGACGAAGCUGCAGUAGCUUUAUCUUGGUACGACUCAGACUUAAACUUGGUGAUAAAAAAAGAAGACUUCUUUUCUGCGACACCCAUGUACAGCGACGGUUUUGGUUAUGUUUGGGCUGGAGCUAGAGCAACUUACGGUUUCAAAACUGGCAAAGUUUUCUACGAAGUAAAAAUCUCAGAGAACUGCCCAAUCACCUUACAGGACGAAGAGAACCCUUAUGUACUUAGAGCCGGUUGGUCCGCAGUUGGCACAUCCAUGCAACUUGGAGAAGAACCUUUCAGUUACGGUUUCGACGGAACUGGAAAGAAAUCCACGAACAAUGAAUUCUCCGACUAUGGUGAAACUUUUAGUAAAGACGACAUUGUAGGUUGUUAUCUUGACCUGAGCUCAGAUAAUGUAGAAAUAUCGUACACAAUCAAUGGAAAUAAUUUAGGACCCGCAUUUACGAUUUCCAAGGAAGAACUUGGAGAUCGAGCUUUGUUCCCACAUAUAUUGACCAAGAAUUCCACCUUCGUUUGUAAUUUCGGACAAGAAGAGCCUUGGCGCUCUUCAACUUUGGAAGGUUACACUUUCGUGGCAAAGGUUGAUCUUAAUGAUCGUGUUCUCGGGCCACAAAGGCCAGUGAAGCGAGACGACUGCGAAAUAUUGAUGCUCUGUGGUCUUCCUGGAGCUGGAAAGACCACUUGGGCCAUUAAAUAUGCAGCAGAACACCCUGAAAAAAUGUACAACAUUCUAGGCACAAAUACUUUGAUUGAGAAGAUGAAAGUGAUGGGUCUUCCACGUAAAACUAACCACCAAGGAAAAUGGGAAGUUGUCAUUGAUAAAUGCUCUCGGGCUAUGACCAAAUUGCUUGAUAUGGCAGCUAGAAGGAGACGCAAUUACAUUCUUGAUCAGAAUAAUGUGUAUCCAACUGCACAGAAACGUAAAAUGCGUCAUUUCACUGGAUUCCAAAAGAAAGCAAUCGUCAUCAUAACUUCAGAUGAAGAAUUCCAGGUUCGCUCAAGCAAACCUGAAUACCCAGAGACAAAGUGUCCUGAAAACUCGAUUCAAGAAAUGAAAGCUAACUUCACUGCCCCUGUGGUUGGAGAUUCUUUCACUGCGGUUGAGUACGUCGAACUUCCCGAAGAAGAAGCCAAAAGUUUGAUCGAAAAGUACAACAAAGAAGCUAAAGAAGCUGGGUUUGGUCAACAGCAAGAGAAGAAACGUUCUCGUUUCGAGAAGGCUGAUCAUCACCGAGAUGGAAGGAACAGUCGAGAUGGUCGAGAUAGUCGAGACAGUCGAGAUUCCCGGCGUUCUGGUUAUCAAGAUAGAAAUCGCAAUCCUGCCUGGAGAGGUGGUGGUGGCAGCGGAAGUUCUGGUGGCGGAUGGCGAGACAGAAAUCAACGUGGUGGAGGUCACAGAUACAGUGGUUCUCCCAGCACAUGGCGGGGAAGAGGAGGUCCUAGUGGAACAGCAGCACAUCGUGGAGGAUCUGACAGAAGAGGAAGUGAUAGGCGAUCUUCGAACGACCGAAACCGGCCUUCACGUCCAGGAGGCUGGGGUCAAACUGGUUACCAAGGUUCACAAGCAGCCGGCAGUUGGGGAGGUCAAGGAAGUUGGUCUGGAGCACAAGCUGGCUGGAAUCAAGGUGGCUGGGGUGGCGGUCAACAACAAUGGGGAGGCAACUGGAAAGGCUAUGGACAAGGUAGCUACGGUCAAUCUGGAUACAAUCAGCAAAAUUACGGCAAUGGUAAUUGGAACAGUUGGAAUCCACAGUAUUACAAUCAGUCUCGGGGCCAAAAUCAGCAAAGUCAACAGACGACAUCUGCGGCUGGUAGCCAGGCUGUAAGCAAAAAAUAAAUCACCACAGUAAAUGGGCCUAGAGUGGAAAAGAAAGUAUAGAUGCCUCUAAUAUUUCUUGUGAUAGUAUUUACGUGCCAGCAGUCAAGAUUUAUUUUAAAGAAAAGCCUCUUUAUAGUUUUAUCGGGUUUUGAGAUCGGUCGAUACUUUAUUUCAUUAAAAUUAACUUUAUUUUAUUUUAAUUCAAAAAGUUAACCCACUUUUAUUGCAUUGCUCGUCAUCAUCAGAUUAAAUGUCGCGAUUAUUUCAUUCAGUUUAAUUUUCUUUUUCUAUAACUCAAUGCUAAAUGUAUUUCUUUAUUGUAAAAUAUUCGUUUAAUCAAUGCCUAACAAAACGUUAAUAGUUUCUAUAUUGUAAUAUUGUUGAGCAGCUUCUUAUGUGUAGAGGAAGCGAGACUUGUAUAAAAGAAAUUUGUGUUUUCUCUUCGUUUGUGUAAAUUAUUAUGAAAUGCUUCCAGUGAUUUUUAUGCGACUGAUUCCGUUAAUUAGAAGGCAGCUCCUAAAUUGCCGAUCAGAAUCAUGCGUUUAUCUCUGUUUUGAUUGUUGAUUAACUUCUAAAGAGUGGAGAACUUGCAAAAUUCGGUAUAGAAUGAACCUAGGAUGAAGACAAUUGGUCUAUUUUUGAAGUAGAUAUUGCAAAAGUGUGUAAAUUAAAAUUUUUUCUUAAACGUUAGGUAAUAUCCGAAAUUACAUUUUUAAUUGUUGUGUGGCUUAUUUUAAAGCUUUGAUGUAAAACAUAUGUAACAUAAUCACGAAACUUCUAUAAAAGUCCCUAAAAAUAUAUUUAUUUCAUUUUUAUUCUGAUUUUCCUACAGAUAAGUUCGUUUUUUUCUCAAAAUUUUCCAAGUUUGUUGUUACCAAUGUAAGUACUUGCAACUGUGAUAGGAACAAUGUUUAGGCUUAUGUUCGUGAUCUAUUUCGAACCUUUGGAAACAUAGCUUUAAAAUGAGUCUGAGAACAUAAAAAAUGUUGAUUAUUUCGAAUAUUACCUAAAAUUUACACUAUUUUUUAAAUAUCUACUUUAAAAAAAAAAGCAAAUUGGCUUCAUACCGGGCUCAUUUUAUACAGAAUUUUUAGAGCAUUUAACUCUUUAAAGAGACAAAAAUUUAGCUUUGAUAUAAUUAAAAUUAAGAGAACUUAAUUGAUUAUCCAAAAAUAGGUGGACGCAGAUUUUGUACUGGCAGUGUACUAUGUUAAAGAAGUGUCACAAUAUUGGAGGUUCCCUGUAUUUUCUUCGAAGAUAAGCUCUGUUCUCCAUUGAUGGAUUUAUUAUUGCUACAGUCGCUACCAGGAGAAAUUGAUCAUUUAUAUGUAUGAAAUAAGUUUCAAGGAAAGCGAGUAAAAUUAAGAUACUCGUUUUGUUUUCAGCAGAAGGAAAUUAUUAAGUGAAGCCAUUUUUUCAAUUUCUACCUUUGAAUUUUCUUUGCGUAAACUAUUGAGCAUUCUUUCGAUAUUGAAAUUUGCAUUUAUUAAAAAUGUUUAUGCAUGUAUUUUAAGAAUGAUGAAGAAUGCAGCAAUAACCAAAUUAGAAAUCAAAAUGCAUUUUCUCUUGCCAAAAAGGUCGCACAAAUAUAUUUUCUGUGCAGCACACUUUAUCUAAUUGAAUAAUUUUGAGGUAUAGACAAUAUUUAGAAAAAUCCUUAUGAAAGUACUUUUGUCUGUAUGUAAGCGUUUGGAAGCAAAACAUAUUUAAAAGUGCGAUGUGUGUUUAAAGAACGUACGACUUUUUCUCUACUUUUUAAUUACAUUUUAGAGGAGGGUUAUAAGUAAUAACGUCUAAUGCGGAAAUAGUGAGAACUUUUUUCAUAUUUACAGCUUUAGUUAAAAAGCGGCAUGUUUUUGCACGGCUGCAGUCGGGCUGUGACAAAAUAAGUGUAUUUUAAAAGGAUAACUUUUGUAAUGAACUCAUUAAUAAAUAUAAAUUUUUUAA